AUGGUCCUGGAAGAUGCUGAUAAGGAGGACAUUGCUAGGACUGGCGGGACUGGCACCAUGCUGUACCGACUCGCCAGGAUCAUCCAGGGGGGCGCCGCCGUCUGCCGCCAAAUCACCGCCAACACCGGGGUACGGAGCGGACGCCACCUCUCGGUCGCCUGCCAACCGCGGGACUACGCUCUGCCCAACUCCACCUGGAACCCCGACACCAAGAGAAUGUACGAGCAACUGUGCCGAGACCCGAGCUGGAGGAGACUUCCGUCCUACAACACCACCGUCCAUCACCUAGAUGGUACGUCUCCGGUGGUGAACAGGAAAACUCGACUCUUCACCAGGAACAUCGAUCAGGACGGAGUCGGGUUCGAGUAUUGUAUGUUCUAUAACAAGGCAGAGAAGAGGACAGUCUGCAUUUUCCAGCCCGGGCCCUAUCUGGAGGGCCCCAUAGGGUACACACACGGCGGCUGCAUCGCCACCAUCAUAGAUGCCACCGUGGGGACCGGAGCUGUGUAUACCUACGGAGCGGCUAUGACAGCCAACCUGAACAUCGACUAUCGCAAUCCGAUUCCUCUGGGAUCCACAGUCAUCGUAGACAGCCGAGUGGAGAAGUUAGACGGCCGGAAAGUCUACGCAAGCUGCCAGGUCCGCAGCCACGAUGACGCUGUGCUGCACAACGAGGCCACCGGUGAGGGCUGCUGGGAAAUCUUCAUUCUGUAA